UAAUCGCAGACAAAUAAAAACUUCAAGCAACAAAUAUAUGACAUGGAUAAUGAUACAUCUUCAUUUGGAAUUACGUAAAAUAUCUUGCGAAAUAAAUUCAAUAUUUGGAGUGCAGAUGACAUUCAAAAUGGGAUUGUAUUUCGGACUUAUAGGAUCAACUUUGAAACAUAUAUUUAGUACGAGUCUCGAAAAUGAUGUUAACGAAAAAAAGGAGUUUCUUACCAUAUUAUUAUUCUGGAAUGUUGUGCACACUUCUCAAGUCCUUUUUAUUAAUUGUAUAUGUGAAAGUGUCAGCGUUAAGGCAAAUGCAGUAGGAAAUUUUAUAAAUACAAUAUUGUAUUCCACCUGUGAUGUUGAAGUUCGUGAAAAUAUUUCACAGUUUCUGUUGCAAAUAAUUCAAUUGCCACUCAAAUUCUAUGGGAUUGGACUUUUCCAAUUUGGCUUUAAAUUUCUUUACGGAUUCUCUAGUUCUGUCGCGACUAUCGUGGUUAUAUUAGUACAAGUACAUGCAAAUAGCUAUUGCUUCGUUUAA